AUGACUGAUGCCGUUAUGAUACCGUUAGAAAAUUUAAAUAAAAACGACAAUGAACAAUGGAUUAAGACAGACGAUAAAAAGCAGCCUGAAAAUGGUGAAAUAUGGUUUCGGACAACUUCCUCUCGGUUUCAAAUUAGUGUUAUUUUAAGAAGAAAUAAAUAUGACAGUCGUUGUGGUCAACACCACGAAAGCGAGAAACAUAAGGCCUUAUUCAACACUGAACAUGUAUCAAAAUGUUCAGUUUACUUGACGUCAGACUUUGUCUUUUCAUCAUCAUCCUCAUCAUCAUCGUCAUCAUCAACUACAACACUGUCUUCGGAACACCACUGAAUAGUUGUCAUUACUAGUAUUAUUGGGAUUCGGGUGAAUUAAAACAUCCCAUUACUAUUAGAGGAAGUUUUCUAUUGCUGAGUAAUGAUACUCUGAGAAUUUAUCUGAGUAUAUUCGGAGCAAAGCAGUGUAAACCAGUAUGGUCUAGAGAUGAUUUGUUGGAGCUGGAACAAACUUGUCAAUACAAACUGAUCAAAAGAGACCAGAGCGCAUUGAAUUUCAACAAGGAAAGAGCACACAGUUUUGACAAUAUUCGAGAAUUUAACAAACGACAUUUUGAUGAAGCGUUGACAGUGUCAGAAUCAAAAAGUGAUCACGUGAGAGGUUGGUUAAUUAGCGCGUUAUCGAUCAAGUGAUAGUUUUCCACUUAGUUUACCUGCAGAUUUUCACAUAAACAUAAAUUGUGAAGCAGUUCAGACAACCAUCGCUUCCGAUUUGUGAUUUAACAAAUUUACACAUAUGGCAUAGACUUUUGCUUUGUAAUACUCUAGAAAUAAUAAUAUUCAUACUUUGAUUAUAAAUUAAUAUCUCCUAAGUUAAUUGUGGAGAUUGCUAAUCAAAGGCACUUGCUCUUUCUGCUUUCACUCAACCUUAUCAAAAUACCUUCACAAAAUAAGUGAGGAGUACACUCUACGUUUUCUAACGUAAAUCUACCAUUGGUCAUCUCUUAUCAACACAGACAUUCGGAUGAAUGU